AUGAAGUGGGCUAAAAGGGUGUGGAAUAAUUUUGUACAUCCAAGUAUAGCUAGUAAUGUGUGGAAAUUGGUAAGAAAUAUAACUGCAACUGAUGACAAUAUGAAGAAAAGAAAGUUUCAACUGGCUUCAAGAUGUAUAUUCUGCAAAAAGGAAGAGGAAACAAGAGAACAUAUCCUUUGGUACUGCAAUUUUAGUGAAAUUGUAUGGAAGUGGCUAGGUGGUAUAUUUAGUUUCAGAAAUCCAAGAAGCUUUGGUGAAAUACUGCAAUAUGCCAGCCAGAAAAGUCCUGCAGUAAAAGAAGUCUGGAUAUUGACUUCAUUCAUAGCAAUGAAAGAGCUGUGGUUCCUAAGAAAUGAAUGUCUAUAUGACAAUGGAAAAUGUGAUGCUCUUGUCAUCAAAAAUAAAAUAUUGAAGACCAUUUCAGAAAGUGAUAUAAGAAUGAAGGCAAUGAUGUGGAACAUUCAAUAUGACUUGCAGGUACUAAAAAGUCUUGGUUUAAAAUCAAGAAAAGUUAAGAGUUUGAUUGUUAAAGAGGUAUUUUUCACUCUUCCUUUACCUGGCCAAAUAUUAUUAUGCUGUGAUGGUGCCUCUAGAGGAAAUCCAGGAACAUCUAGAUAUGGGAUAGUUGGAAGGGACAGCAACGGUGGAUUUAUUAUACCAAUAUCAGGUGGCUUGGGGAUAUCCACUAAUUACUAUGCAGAGAUAUAUGCAGUUAUCAUAGCAGGAGAAUGGGCUAUACAAAAUGACUUCUUCAAUAUUGUUUUUAGAACAAACUCAAUGGCAGUAAUUCAUGCUUUUAUAAAUCAAAAGCUUCCUUGGUUUGCAAUAGCAAGGUGGAGAAAGAAGAAGGGUAAGGGCAAGGCAGCAGUGAAAGAGGUGUGUUUGGUGUUUCUGCACCCUUUCUUCAAAAGAGGUGUGGAUUUUGAGAUAUACUUUGGUACCAGAAAAUAUUUCUCUAAAGAAGAUGUCAAGGUGUUAAUUGCAAACCAGUUAAGGAAAUUAAAAACAGGCAUUAAGAAGCUUGUUGGUGAAACCCAAGAGAUUCAUAAGGUUUGUGAUGAACAAACCAAGGAUAAGCUUGUUGACAUGAGUGGACUUGUUUAUAUGAUCAUUGGUUUAGAGCUAAGACUCAAUGGCAAGGAAGGUCAGGGUCAGACCGGUGGAGCUCUGAAGUUAAUCUGA